UGAAUGAGUCUAUAUCCAACUGUAAAGGCUAUGUGAUCAUGAUGGUAAUCUACUCGUCAGUCGGAGUCCUUACUCUUUUGUUUCAGCUUUGGUAUUUCACAAAAUAUUUAAGAAUUUAUGGAGUUAAGCAUAGAUUGACAUGCCUUUUUAUGUUCUUCCUGACGUUAUCCAUUCUAUGUGAUAUUGCCUACGGAGUAUCUCAAGUAUAUUUUAAACGCUAUGACGACUGUAUAAAAUACACACGCCCUUGUUUGAAUUAUUGGGCUUACUGGCUGAACUAUCUAAUGUAUCUAAACACUAUUAUUGUGCUAUCAUUUACAUAUGUUUUACAGAUAUUCAAACUCCAAAACGUGAGAAGAAGGAGGAUGGCAUAUAAAUUAAUUAUUUGGGCAGUCAUGCUUAUUCUUCUGGCAGCAUUAACUAUUGCCUUUGUUAUUGAUGGACUGAAUACUUGUGAAAAGAAUCCGAAUCAUGUUGUCAUGGUCACUCCUAUGAUUCUAAUUCUGACCGGGGCUUACAUGGUAGUAGGGGGCUUCUUUACGGUAAUUUUGUUCAUAUUCUAUAAAACUCUAAAGAAGCGAGAUAUCAAUACUCAUGGAAUCAAACUUAGCAAUAAGAUUAAAUGGAGACUCAUCAUCAGCGCCUUAGUUAUCUUCAUAGCGUUCGAGGUUAGAAGUAGUAUGGUUCUGGCUUUGAGUAAGAAAGACUUCUUUGCAAAAUGGAAGGAGGACUCUUUGACCAACAAUAAACUUGGGUUUAUCUUCUACAAUUUUUGAUACUAUUGCUUUCUAAGUUUGAUUCCAACAAUGAUCCAAAUCUACUUGAUAAAACUAAGUUUAUCAACAACUCCGAAAGUCAGUGUAUGGCUGACAGAUAAUUAUGGUCAAGGAGAAUUUCUAAUUCCAAGAGAUUUUGACUUUUCUGAUAGUUAUCAGUUCGAAUCACACUAUUCGAUAGAUCCCAGGCAUCUUAAUUCGAAUACUUCAUAAAUUUUAUAUGAGAUUGUAUUAUUAAUUGCUUAUAACCUAAUAAUA